CGCCCGCCUUUACUUAGGAGCCAUUGUGUGUGUUACACAAAUUCCGGAGCAGUGUGUUGGAGCUGCAGCGGAUUUUUUUUUCGACAUGUCAGGGAAGACCUCAUCAAAGAAAAUAAUGCCUGAAAAUGACAUUCACGGUGAUGUGAUUGUCAAAGAAAAUGUGCGGAGAAAAGCAGAGGAAGCUCUUUCUGAGCCUGAAGCAAGCUCCCAGGGUGAAGCGAAAAGACACUGUGCUGGAAGCACUGAGCACUGUAAUAAUGCAGUAGACGAUCAGAUGACCGCAGACUGUAAGAUGGAGACAAACCGUGAGAAAUGCAAGUCCCCAUUAGCUCCUUUGAAAUGGGUUGUGGCAGAUGACAGAACCAUCAAAAUCAAGGAAGAAUUCCAAGUUCGGCCUGGAGAAACAUUGUCACAGUCAGUUGCAGGACAAGACAAAGUACUCCCCAUCCCUAUAAAAGAGGAAGCUUCUGAACAAGAGCUUGUCCAUGUGAAAGAGGAAAAAACUGAGAAUGAACCUCUCAGUCUCAAAAAUGAGGUUCAUGAAUUGUUGACUGGCAGUAUUAAACAAGAACUGACAGACCUAGUAUUCAGUGAGGACUCAGAAUUUGAAUUUCCACGGCAUGCUGAUGAUUCCUCAGAAUGUAUUGAUGAAGAGCAGCAGGGGGCAAGCUCAAGUUCCAUUCCUGAGGACCAAGUGUCAAGUGGUGGCUUGGCCGUCCUUUACAGCGAUGUGAAUUCAGAAGAGAACCCUACCAAUAUCAACAGAGUGGAUGAAAAUUCAUCUUCUAUGAUCUCAAAGAACACUUCCUUCCCCUGCCCUCAUUGUAAGACUUGCUUCACUGGUGAACACUAUCUUGAAAGGCACGUAAAGAAAACGCACAGAGAGCAGUACCUGGAGCUACUGCGUAACCGAACAGGUGGUGCUGCCAAGACAUCUGGUAAUGCAUCUUCCUCGGCUGUGUUUCUGAAACCAAAAGAAGUUUCCAAACUGGAUGCAAUUGUUGUACCCUCUUCAGAUCGUUCUUUGUCAAAAGGCAUCAUUGUGGACAGUGCACGCACAAAGAAGGUACUACGUAUUACUGCAAAAGACCGCAGCCUUGAGUUCAAAAACAAGCUGCAUGAAGAUGGUGGCAAGCUUUUUUGUACAUGCUGUAGUGUAGUUCUUGAUCACACUCGCCGCUCUGUCAUCAUUGAUCAUUUGAAAUCACAGGGACACAUUAAGAGGGAAAAGCAGGCACAGGAAGAUGACCGCUUCAGGAAGAAACAACGAACUCUGACCACAACAUUUCAGCAGAUUGGGCCUGGGCACUCUGUGGGAAGCAGAGAUGUGGCCAGGGAUUUAUUUAUAUCUUUUUUGGAAGCUGGAAUUCCAUUGGAGAAGGCAGAUCACCCAUCAAUUCGAAAUUUUCUGUUGACACAUGUAAACAAUGGCACUUCUAUCCCAGGGGCAGAUGGGCUGCGUAGAAAAUACAUUUUAGAGAUGUACAAUGAAAAGAAAAAUACAAUAAGGCUAAAGCUUCACAAAAAGAAACUGGCUAUUAUUGUAGAAGAAGCUAGCGACAUCGAUGAGCGGAAAGUUCUCAGCAUCUUGGCUGCACCAAUGGAGAGAGAUGGUCAAGGUCACCUCCAGCCGUAUUUACUUGAAACAAAAUUUUGGUCAACUAUUUCACACAGCUCUGUAGCACAAUCAGUGGUACAAAUAUUGUCCCAGUAUGACAUAGAUUUUGAUGAUGUCCACAUUUUGGAUACAGACAAUACUACAUAUAUGAGGAGAAGUUACAGCUGCGUACUGAAAGGGCUUCUGACAAACUGCAUUCAUGUCACACGUCUGGAACACAUAGUGGAGCUUGUGACAUCUGCUUUCCAGAAGCCAUUUUGGCUGGCCCGCCAAUAUGUGGAACUCUUUCAAAAGUUGUUUGCAUUGCCAGGGGGAAUAAAGUCUCGCUACCUGCAGUGCCUGCGUGAAGAUAACCCUUCAAAUAUUGCCACAAUUCCCCCACAAGUGCGCCAGUCUGAAUGCAGUUCAUUCCUUGCUGCUGCUAAGUACCACAGUGAGCACUUUGACAUUCAGCAGCAGUUUGUUGAGAAAGAAAUGGAGCAAAUGAAAACUCCAUGUCACACACUUCAAAGUCUUAAGGAGAUGCUUGAUGAUGAGGGAUGCCUUCUGCGACUGCAGCUAAGUUUUAUCUCAGAAAAAUUAGAAAAUAUUGCAAACCUACUUGGUCGCUUCAAGCUGCAUGUACCUGUUGCAACGGAAGUAGUGGACACCUUGGAUGAACUGCGUGCAUACCUGGAGUCGCAGCUUCCAGUAGAAACAGAAAGCUGGGAAGAGCCUGGUAUCUCUAGGGCACUUGAAGCUGAACUUUCCCAACUCUUCCGAGAUGCCUUCCAGGAAGCCAGUUGCCAGCUUGCUCAUUAUAUUAUGGAAGAUGGGCAACCCGGUUAUGAGUUCCUAAAGGCAGUGAGAAUCUUUGCUCCAGCAAAAGCUCACUUUCUAUCACAGAGAAGAGAAGACUACAAUGUGAUUCCUGGCUGGGACAGCAUUCCAGAUGAGGAGUUUGAGAUGUACAAACAGAUCCUGGUAUGUGGUUCUACAGGGGAGGCUGACCUGCAAGCUUUCUGGACACAUGCAUCUUCCCGGAUACCAGCACUUGCCUCUCUUGCGCUGAGCUGGGUAAACAGUGUUGCUAACUGGGCUGAUACAGACCGCAGCCUUGGGCUGGAAAAGCUUAUACGGUGCAAAAGACAGAGUGGUGUUGAUGAGGAGGAACUGCAGAAGCUGACCAUGCUGUUUUACAACAGCGACGAAACCACAAAUUUCUCUUCAGACUGGUGACAGGAUUCCAUAAGGACAGCUGAACUAUUUACUAUUCCACUUUUUUCCUCUUUGUGAAGCCCAUAUUAGUUUUUAUUUGGCCUAACUAACUGCAUUUGGUUGUGGGGGGUAUACGUUUCUCUUAUUUUCUUAUAGUUUGUAUUCUGUAACAAAAUGGAAAGUGAUUUACUGACAUGAAGAAAACGUACACAGACUUCAAUGAGCCAAUAAAUGUGCAAAAUAAGUGUGUGUAUAUAUACAGUGGGUAUAGAAAAGAAUUGCCCCCUUUGAAAUAUUCCCAUUUUUUUGCUUUACAGCCUUAAAUGAAAACACACACAAAAAAUAUUUCUUCCCAACUUUACUUACUCAGUGCAACCUAUAACAUCCAAGUGAAAGAUAUCACAGCUACAGUUCAGA